AGAGUGGUGUUAUGUCAUGGGAACUGUCACCGUUGCGGGGCAUUUGUGUUUGUAAACACACCUGACUUGUCUUGCUAUAAUUUGUGUAAAACCUCAACUCCAGUCCACUUGUUUUCUUUUAAAAAUGAGUUAUUUUUGAACUGUAGGUUGCUUUGUCACACUUUUUCCUCAUUGUCUAUGCCGGACGCCAUAACAUUUACAGAAUUUGGUUAUGAAAGUUAUUUUUGAUUGUCAUACCUCUGUCUUUAUACUGUAUUUUCAUUGGCCCAGGACGAUCACCUGACCGGGCGAUAAAUAUGCAUGGCACACUCCCGUUGUAUAUCACAUUGUGAUAUCGCUUGCAUGUAGACUAGUCCCCGCCCCACAGUCCAAACCAUUAUGCGCGGACCGCUUUUAAACCAGACUAUACUUGUAUUCACUGGUACCCCGCAGUACUUUCACGUUCCACAAUAUAAUGUAUAGCAGUGAGGGAGCAGUGCAUUUGCAGACGACCUUAAUUUGGCGGCCAGCGACGAGCGGCAUUAAGAUUAUGUUUACGUUUUGACUGACUCUAGUAACGGUGCCUAGGCCUUCAGAACUUCGGAAAUGCAGAGCUGACACAGUUAGUUUUUUCAUAUACGAUCCUCAUCAGCCUCAACAUGUCAGCUGAGCCCGGAGGCACAGAUUCUCCGCUCCAAACAAGUGCAGGUUUUGCUGUGCUUUCCAGUGAACCAAAAUGCUCCCCAGCUGCAAAACGGCAUGAACGGGGCUUCUCAUCUUAACCUCGCUGAUUAACCAACUCAUCAAACGAAUCAGUCCAAUACUGUGCCAUAUGCCGCCAGCUGCAUAUUGGAAACACUCUACGUACAGCUGCAUCCCGGCCUUGACCACGAACUGGAACCGUACAAACAGAGACUGAUUCCCGUUACGCAAUCUAUGCAAAGUCAGCACAGCUACAAGGGCAAGAUGUCAGAGUCGUCUUGGACAAUAUCAGCAACCGGUCUGGCACCUUGCCUCCCCCUAGAAUGCUCAAUAGGUAAGUGACUGACUGCUCCACUCCAAACAAACUCCAAGCAUUUACUCAAGUCGUGGUUUGUAUUCCCAACAAAUCCUGUUGUGGAAACAAUACCAGAGUCUGUCUGGACGAAUGUGGAUAGUUCUCCACCAGUCAUUGCUGAUGUGAGUGAAGUACCGGUACUAGACUGUUUGCCAGUUAAGAGUUACAGAAGCAUUGUUCUUGGAGGAACACUUGAUGGCAUCCACGCUGGACAUAAAAUCCUGCUGAGCGAGUCGGCGAUGAGAGCAGAAGAGAAGAUUACAGUUGGUGUGACAGACAUAUCCAUGCUGCAACAAUAAAGAUCUACCUGGCACCCCAUACGUGAUUGGUCUGACCGGUGGCAUAGCCAGCAGGAAGUCUUCAGUAUGUAGACGGCUGGAGGGGCUCGGUGCUGCAGUGAUUGACUGUGAUAAGCUGGGGCACAAGGCCUACCUACCAGGCACGCAGGGAUUCAGGAGAGUGCUGACUGAGUUGGGACAAGGCCUUGAAGCGUAUUCUAGACAGGGAUCGUCUACCAGAGGAGAAGGCACGACAGCGCAUAGAAUCCCAGCUCAGUAACCAGGAACGUGUGGAUCAUUCCAAUGUUGUCUUCUGCACCUCCUGGGAGCCAGAGGUCACUCAGAAACAGAGCAAAGAAAAGUAGAAACACCCAUCAUGGCCGACAGUCAGCAAGGCGUUGGCAGCGGGCGUGCCCGUGGUCGGGGGCGAGGCCGCGGCCGCGGGCGAGCCUCUGCAGGGCAGCAGCAGGGCCAGCCCCGGAGGCCUGGGGAGACAGCGUCUGCCACGCCCAUGCCUAGUGGUGAUGCCGAAGCCAUGCCUGCCCCAGGGAGGGGCAGAACCAGGGGUGGGGCUUCCCAGGUCCCUGGAUCAGGAGCUGCUAUAAGCAUGGAGCAAAGAGCGGCCAUGGCCGAGAGUUACCAUCCUCAUGCCCCGAGGCCAAUGCCAGCUGAAGCGCCCCCUACAGCUCAGAUGGCAGCAUUGAGCGUGGGCGGGGCCCAGGGUGCUGAGGGAGGGGGAGUCAGUGGCCGCGGCAGACAGACAGAGCUCCGCUACGGAGAACAAAAAGCACCCAGACCCAUUGAUAAGAGAGGCAAGAAAGGAAAGCCAGUGGAGGUCUUGACCAACUGUUUCCGCAUGAAGGCUGCUGAUCAGUGGCUUCUGCACCAGUACAGCGUGGACUUCAGCCCCGUUGUGGACAACCCUAGGGCACGUCAUGCCCUGCUACGGGCUCACUCUGAGAUCCUAGGUACCCCCAUGGCCUUUGAUGGGAUGAUGUUGUUCCUGCUCCGAAGGCUUGAUGAGCCGGUGACCAGGUUUCAAACCAAACGCCGUGACUCUGAUGACAUCAUCACUAUUACUGUGGCUCUCAAGAAUGCGCUGCCUCCUACUUCACCAACCUGCAUGCAGGUUUACAACAUCAUCUUCCGCAAGAUUCUUGGAUUGGUCGGUUUUGAGCAGAUUGGCCGGAACUAUUUCAACCCCAACGCCAAAAGGGAAAUCCAGCAACACAAGAUCCAGCUCCUGCCAGGUUUCAUCACCUCCAUCUUGCAGUAUGAGCAGGAGGUCCUCCUGAUGGCGGACGUCUCUCACAAGAUCCUGAGGACGGAGACAGUCUUGGACAUGCUGGCUGAGAUUGAGCAGACCAAGGGAGCAGGCUGGGCGGAUGUGGCCAAGAGAGUACUGGCAGGAGAAAUUGUCCUGACCAAGUACAACAACAAGACCUACCGAGUGGACGACAUCGACUUUAAUAUCGAUCCCAUGAACACAUUCGACAAGUUGGACGGCACUAAAAUAACCUACGCCCAGUACUACCGGGACGCGUACGGGCUAAAUAUCAGUGAUCUAGGACAGCCACUGCUGGUCAGCAAUCCAAAGAAAAGGGAUCAGCGCCGGGGAAUGAUUGAUCACAUCCACCUGAUCCCUGAGCUGUGUACCCUGACGGGGCUCAGCGAAGCUAUGCGCAGUGAUUUCCACGUCAUGAAGGACCUGUCUGUGUACACUCGCAUCACGCCCAACGUCCGCAUGAAAGAGCUGACCAACUUCAUCGGCAGCUUUCCCAGGAAUCAAGAGGCGAGUACUUACCUGCAAAAGUGGCAGGUGAGCUUUGAAGCUCAGCCAGUCAGGAUCAACGCUCGCAUCAUGGAUCGGGAGAAAAUCCUCACCGGUCACCAGGGAAAGAAUGAGAUUUCCUUGGGUGAGAAUGCAGAGUGGAGCAGAGAUCUGCGGAAGGAUCUGCUGAGCUGUAUUGGUCUGCACAACUGGCUGCUGAUCUACACAGCGCGUGAUAGCAAGAACGCCAUGGAAUUCCUGAACGCCUUCAACACAGUGGCGACGCGUUUGGGAAUGGAAACCAGACCACCCUUAAUAUGUGAGUUACGUGAUGACCGCACUGAAAGCUUCAUUCGUGCUAUCCGACAGAACUUGAGUCCCCAGACACAGAUGGUUGUGUGUAUCCUACCAACUAUUCGUAAGGAUCGCUAUGACGCCAUCAAGAAGUUCUGCUGUCUAGAGGCCCCGGUACCCAGCCAGUGCAUUGUGGGUCGCACUAUCAACAAGAAACAGACCGUCAUGUCCGUAGCUACCAAGAUUGCUAUGCAAAUUAACUGCAAGAUGGGCGGAGAGUUGUGGACAGUUUUAAUUCCAUCCAAAAUGUUGAUGAUGGUGGUAGGAAUCGACUCUUAUCACGACUCCGCCACUAGAGGGCGCUCUGUUGGUGGCUUUGUCGCUUCCAUGAAUCAUGACCUUAGUAGGUACUUUUCACGAUGUACAUUCCAGCACACAGGACAGGAGCUCAUUGAUGGUCUCAAAGUCUGCAUGACAAGCGCAUUGAGGAAGUUUAAAGAAAUCAACGGUAAGUUGCCCGAGAGAGUCAUCAUCUAUCGCGAUGGCGUCGGCGAUGGGCAACUGCCGGCUGUGGUGGAGUAUGAACUACCGCAAGUGAUUGAUACCUUCAGGAUGAUAGGAACAGACUAUAGCCCUAAGUGGGCUGUGGUCGUCGUUAAGAAGCGAAUCAACAAUAGAUUUUGCUCCUUGAACCAAGGAAAUCUCGUCAACCCAUCCCCAGGAACGGUGAUCGACUCAGUGGUCACCAAACCAGACUUAUACGACUUCUUCCUUGUCAGUCAGUCUGUACGCCAGGGCACGGUCACUCCAACCAGUUACAAUGUGAUCUGGGACAACUCGGGUCUGGCACCAGACAGCAUGCAAAGCCUGACCUACAAGCUCACCCAUCUGUACUUCAAUUGGCCGGGAACCAUUCGUGUACCAGCCCCCUGCCUCUACGCUCACAAGCUGUCUUUCCUUGUUGGCCAAAGCCUGCACAAAGAGCCGCGGAUUGAGUUGGCUGACCGGCUGUUCUUCCUAUAGGCAGUAAGACCAGGGGUAAUAUGCAAACAAUAGCUUACCAACGUUUGCACAAGUGUGACUGACUCUUUUCUGCCUGACAUUUACGAAUGUUAACAACAAAGGCAUAUGGUUUUCCUGUGUCGUAUUAUCAAAAAAUAAACUUUCAUGCUGUAACGCUAAAGCUUCAUGUUGAAAGAUGUCUUCACUGUUUUGCUCCCAGAAAAAUUUGGAAAUUAGCAUAAACAAAGUGAUUGGAGAGAUGCAAAAUAAUGUAAAUGGGGCACAAAACAGCAAUUAACGAUUACUUACAUCUCUUUCAGUAUGUCAUCAGGUGCAAAAAACAUGAAAACUACUUCGAGGUUUUGAGGUCACAAGAAGUUAGGUCAUUCCAUGGGUUGGAUGGUCACCAUCUCAGAUUUUAUUUUUAAUAUUCUUCCUUAAGAUCCUAUUGUUUUUUAUUCCAUAAGAUACAAUUGUUGUGAUCUUCCAUAAGAUCUAAAUGUUGCGCUCUUCCGUAAGAUUCAAUUGUUGCGAUCUUCCAUAAGAUCCAAUUGUUGCAAUAUUCCAAUUGUUGCAAUGUUUUUAAGUUCAAAAGAAAAGUUAAUUAAGAAUUUUUUUGUUGUAGAAUUGUGAACUUGCACAAAUGUAGGCUUGUAGAUAUUAGGUGAAAUGUUUAAACGUGAUUUACUUUAAGUUGCACAAGUUUCAAAAACAACACAAUUUUCUGAGGUUUCUACAAGUCUUUUCGAAGUGUAUAGCAGAUACAAUGUAGAAAAUCCAUCAUGUGUUUUGUAAUUUGACUGAAGCAUGACAGCAGUGUUUAUGCAUCUUACAUCCUGCCAAAAUGCCUGUUAACAAAAAUAAUGACUUUGUUAAUCUUAAAAAUGUAUUUGUUUAUACUUACAAUUUUCGCUGUUUUACAAAAUGUGAAUCAAAAUUGAUGUUACUUUUUUGUAAGAAAUGUUAGCAAUUGCAGAUUGAAGUCUAGCAGUGAUGUAUAGUCAAAGGGGCUUUGAAUGAGACUUUGAACAUGGACACGUCACUUUGCUCAUAUGCAGGAUUACAAUGUUGCCAAAUUUCUAAUUGGUAUUCUUAACCAAGCCUAGUGUUUGCAUGGCGCUUGUGUUCUUGAGCAAGCCACUUUACCUUGACUUUACACUCACGAAUACCAUGUACUGAGAAACCUAAAUCUUAUAGUGCAACCAUGCAGCACAAGAAAACAGACUUUUGCUUGAAGUCCAACACAUAGACCUCAUGCAUCACAGGCAUCUCAGAGGCUGUUCGUUGUUAUUUUAAUCUAGUAACAA